AAAAUUGAAGAGGAGAAACGAGAGAAUGAUGAUGUAGUGGUGAGAAAAUGCGAGAAAGAUGAAACCUUGGAUCCAAAAAGUUCACCUUUCUUUUAUUUUCUCUCACUUUCUCGCCUUCCAAACAGUGCUGCUUCCUUUUAGUACAAGUACUUUUCUUGCUUCAGUCCUCACGCUCUUCUCUCAGAGCUAGUUCCCAAGCUCAGAAAGUAAAAGCGAGAAAGAAAAAAGUGCGAAACUAAUCUAUUUGCUAGUUCUCAUUUCAAUUUUCUUUUCGUUUUGUUGUGCUCGAGAUUGAGCUUAACCAAUGGGAGCUCGCUGCUCCAAGCUAUCCAUUUGCUGGUGGUCGUCGAACCUCAGGUCAAAUCUCGAUGACGCCUCUGAUCUCGAGAAUGGGAAUGAUGCGUUGCCAGCUGGUUUUACGGAGUUCAGCUUGGACCAGCUGAGAGCAGCCACCUCAGGGUUCUCGACGGACAACAUUGUAUCGGAGCAUGGGGAGAAGGCUCCUAAUGUAGUCUACAGAGGGAAGCUCGGCGAUGAUCAGUGGAUCGCUGUUAAACGUUUUAAUAGAUCGGCGUGGCCGGAUCCUCGACAGUUCCUUGAGGAGGCGAGAGCAGUGGGGCAGUUAAGGAGCGAGCGGUUGGCCAAUCUGAUAGGGUGUUGCUCUGAAGGAAAUGAGAGAUUGCUUGUUGCUGAAUUUAUGCCGAACGAGACUCUUUCCAGGCAUCUUUUUCACUGGGAGAUACAGCCCAUGAAAUGGGCGAUGAGGCUGAGAGUUGCUUUAUAUCUUGCCCAAGCUCUUGAAUAUUGCAGCAGUAAAGGGAGGGCAUUAUAUCAUGACCUUAAUGCCUAUAGGAUCCUGUUUGAUCAAGAUGGUAAUCCCAGGCUCUCCACCUUUGGCCUUAUGAAAAAUAGCAGAGAUGGGAAGAGUUAUAGCACCAACUUGGCUUUCACACCUCCAGAGUACUUGAGGACAGGUAGAGUGACUGCAGAGAGUGUAGUUUACAGCUUUGGCACCCUAUUGCUUGAUCUUCUCAGUGGCAAGCAUAUCCCUCCCAGUCAUGCACUGGAUCUUAUACGGGGUAAAAACUUUCUGAUGCUAAUGGACUCAUGUUUGGAGGGUCAUUUCUCAAAUGACGAUGGAACUGAGUUAGUGCGGUUGGCUUCACGCUGUUUACAAUAUGAACCUCGUGAGAGGCCAAAUGCAAAGUCUCUGGUAACUGCACUGAUGCCACUUCAGAAAGAGACUGAGGUUCCAUCCUAUGUUCUAAUGGGCAUUGCACAUGGAACUGCAUCUUCAAAGCAAACAAUAUCAUUAACGCCUCUAGGUGAAGCAUGCUCAAGAAUGGAUCUCACUGCAAUACAUGAAAUAUUGGAGAAGGUUGGAUACAAAGAUGAUGAAGGGAUUGCGAAUGAGCUUUCUUUCCAAAUGUGGACGGAUCAAAUACAAGAGACACUGAACUCAAAAAAACGUGGAGAUACAGCUUUCCGAGCCAAGGACAUUGGAACCGCCAUUGAGUGUUACACCCAUUUCAUUGAUGGUGGUACCAUGGUGUCACCAACUGUGUUUGCAAGGCGCUGCUUGUGUUACCUGAUGAAUGAUAUGCCCCAAGAAGCUCUUGGGGAUGCUAUGCAAGCCCAAGUAAUAUCACCUGCAUGGCCUACAGCAUUUUAUCUCCAAGCUGCUGCCCUGUUCACGCUUGGAAUGGACAAUGAUGCACAGGAAACACUCAAAGACGGAACAAACUUGGAAGCAAAAAAACCAUAGAAAGUGAAGAUGUAUAGGUCUGUUUAACCUUUCGUUAAAAUAUUCCUUGUAUUUACUUGUCCGUUCCUCUUUGGCAUUUAUGUGUCCGCAGCAUCACAGGGUUAUAAUUCUAACAUCUAUGCUGUUGAUAUUGGUUUUCAUUUCUAAUGUCAAUCUCAAGAUUCUCUCAACACCAGGAGAUACAUUGAUUUAGUGGAUUUUUGAGUUUGCUAUCAUGAAAAUCAAUCUUUAACAUGGUU